AUGGAUAAAGCCAUUUUGGGCCUGACAGCCCAGAAGACACGAGAGCUAUUCACAAUUUGCGGAAUCGAGGACAGUGAGGAGCACCUUAAUCUGGUUAUCGCGCACGCUGCCGAUCAUGUUUACAAAGCUCGACUCGUGAUUGCUGGAGGUGCGACCGAGCCUAUUUCUCAGGCUAAGGAAGCGACUAUAGAAACCCCUCCGACUCCACCACAUGAAACUCGCGGGUCCUAUCGACUUAUGAAACAGACAGGAAAGGACGGUCCAACAACCUACAGCGAUAUGGCCAGCACGGAAAAGAAGAAGAAAAAGAAGAGGAAAAGAAGCGACAAGUCGGAGUUGAUAGAUCAACCUCCCGGAGCGUCAGUAGCUGAUGGAACUGGAACAGCCAAAGAUAAGGCUCCCGACGGAUCAAUUUCGCCAGAAGUACAAACAACGUCCGAAGUCGACGACCCCGAGUCUUCGUGUGUGCCGAAUCCCCGUGACAGCUCUUUGCCAUUACACCUAGACUCAGCCUUCGAGAUGAAGGUCAUAACAACAAUAUUGAUGCAAUGUGUCAAAUGCAACUCUGAUAUCGCACAAUAUGGGCAGCGCGACUGCAUGACCCUGGCAACAACUAGGCUCGAGAGGAUGCGGGAGCAUGUCAAAGAUGUCUCUGGAUACAAUUAUGAGCAGGCGAUUCACGCCAUUCGAAGAGACACUGCUUUAACUACGGGCAGAGCAAUACAGACAAGAUACAACGAAACUAUCUUCUGGCCAAUCAUUCUCAAGUGCGCGGCGCUGAUCGACCCUGCCACGCUGCCACCCGCCAAGGGCCCGGCUGAUGGAUUCACCAUGGCGGAAAAAGCUGCCACAAAGAAAUUCAUGGAGGACACUGGGUAUAGCGUGGGUGCGGAAAACCAGCGACAGUACCGCAUUUUCUGGAAAAACAUAUUCGAUAUGCGUGAGGCUGGCGUUGACAAAAUUCUCCUCUACCGUACCAAAGAAUUCGACAGUUUCUGCAGGGGCUAUUCCAAGACAUCAGAAACUCCACUCGUGGAUAAAGUUUUGAGAUGGGAAAACGAGUAUCGAUCUCAUAUCGAACAAUUGGAAAUGCGGAUUACCAAAUUGAAAACAGGAGACUCGAAGCGUCUUAGCUACCUCAGCAAUCUUCAAGUGCUAGAACGACUGAAAGUGCCAGAGCCCUCGUGGAAUAAUGCUUCAAACGAGUGGGCCGUCAACGCUGAAGAAGAAAUAUUCAGGCAACGCAGCUCACAGUCUAUCUCGACUGAUAUUCUUGGCAUACCACACGGUGAUGAAUCGGUAUACGAAGGUGGGUCAGACAAGUCCGCAUUCAUCACUCUGCUGCCCAAGGACGACGAGACUCUAUUCGUCUCUUCUAUUGUGCCGAUAUGCGAGGGAGACUUCCUAGGUAUAUUUGCUGGCACCAUCCGUUUGUCGGAGGAUUUCAAUGUCACCCACGGUAUCUCUGGUCCCGCUGAGAAUCUGUGGCUUGACUAUUCUCAGGUCACUGGGGCGCUGAAUCAGAUGCAGGUAUCUGAACCAGGCGGUAACGCAAACGUGUGCCUUUUCUGGGAGGCAUUCCAUGGUGACAAUGCGACGGAGCCGUGCAUCUCGUGGCGAGUCUCCGUCAAAGCCACCAAGCACAUCAUGCCAUUCGAUCCUAUCGUUCGCGCAGCUGCUCACCGAGAACAAUACCAUUUGCAUUCGUCACCUGGAAAUGCUAAAAGAGGCUUUCUCGAAUCUACUAACUAG